CUCAGCCGGCCUAUUCAACCUUCGACAAUUCCCCCGUUGUGAGAUGUUUUUGGCCGCCAUCCAGCAGAAGGAAGUCUGAGAGGGAGUCCUCCACCCCCGUCACUGGGAAUAUCAAACUUGGGAUCAAUCUUUUCGAAUAACAACGUCAACAACUACCAACGACAACAAUGCCAGUAGCAAGGCACCUUGGAGCGGUCGAGAGGAAGGUUGAUUAUGUGAUUGUGAAGAGGAGUCGUGUGGUGGGAGGUGGUGAAGAGGAGGAUGAGGUGCAUGGAUUGGGGGCGUUUGAACCAGGAUCGAUUGGGCGGAUCGUGAGGAGGCACGACGUCGACAACACACUGCCCAAGUUCAACCUCGAGGCUGCUGCUGUUGCGUCCGAUUAUGACAGCGAUGGCGAUGAUAGCGACGAUGAGGACAUACUGCCGGCUUCUCCAGUCUUCAGCGGGCAACCAACUAUCACCGUCACAUUAUCUCCCAAUGCCCAACAGGCACAGGCAACGGCUUUUCCGGAUAGGGACCCCACCGUUACUGGUGUGAAAUCAGUUCCUCCUCCACCACCACCGCCGAGGGAGAAGGGAGGCAUCUCGCAAACCACUCAGCAUCUGCUCAUUGCGGCUGGGUCUAUCGGUGCAACUAUCGUCAUUGUCAUGAUCAUCCUGGGCAUCUACACUAUGCGAAAGCGUGGUCUGUCGUUCUCGGAAGCCUCUCGACAGGUGAAGAACAGGGCCAUGGGACGACGACCAGCUCCUCCUCCGAAGCAAGCCUCUGGCUGGCAACAGGACAAGAAGCCGUACAUGGACGACUACGACGAGAUGAGGCAGAAUACCGUCACUCCCCCUCAACGGGCUGCUUCAAUUCCUCGCUCUGGGUCCAUCUCGUCACAGAGACCGCUGCAGGACAUCCAACGCAACGAUAGCAUCAACCGCCAAGUUGCCCAGCGGUCAUCUCCCCAGCAAUCUUCAUUCCUCCUCGACUCACCACCACCACGCCGCAACAACUCCCACCGCCGUGACAUCAGCGAGACACCAUCCUCUCCUGUUCUCCCUCUCCAACAAACAAACGACUCACGCAGCCAAUCCUCCACCUCUCUCCCCUACUUCGCCCCCGACCAACCUCUCCAACAAGACCGCUCCCAAUCCCCCCUCCCCCCACCCCCAACCUUCAAACAAUUCCUCUCCAACCGACCCUCCGCCUCGCAAAAGAACUCCGGCUUCGGCAACAUGGUCUCCCGCUUCAGCUGGACCAACUCCAACGCUCCCCAAACACCCCACGACGUCCGACGCGACACGCAGAAAUCCCUCAACCAACGCGACUCCUUCAUGACGCAGCGGUCCUCAGUCCCGCGCUUCCGCACCGUCGACUCGUGGGUAAACCAACAAGCCAACCGCGUCGAAGUCCAGAAACUCAAAGAGCAAUUCCGCCUCACGUCCUCCACCACCACCUCCACCACCACCGACGACGAGGCCGACCGCAUCCCCUCCGUCCCCACGAUCCCACGCUCCAUGACGCAGAAGCAAUCCCUCCCCACCAUCCCCGCCGCACAACAGCUCAACACCACCACCCCGACAACUCCCAAGCGCACACCCUCGACGACAAAAGGCCUCCCGGGGAAGAACGUCCGCCACGAACGCCACGACACCGUCGACACGGCGCCGAUUUUCCGCCAGCAUCCUGGCACGGAAGUGAGGUUCUCCACGAGGAGUGUUGUGGCGAGUGAGAUUCUGGAUAUGGGGAAUAGGCCGAACGUGCUUUCUUAAACGUCUGUGUGUUUGAUUUGGACGGUUGAAUGGGUGGAAGGGGAGGAGGAGGGGAGG